UCAAUCAACUCUUAGAUUCAUGUGGUUUGUAUGUUGAUGAUGAUCAGACAAUCUAUGUGGCUGACCAAUCGAAUCAUCGUAUUGUGGAAUGGAAACGAGGUGCAACGAGUGGCCAAGUGGUUGCCGGUGAAAAUGGGCAAGGAAGAGGAGAUCAUCAAUUGAAUUACCCAGAAGAUAUGAUUAUCGACAAAGAGAGAGAUAGUCUCAUCAUCUGCGAUCGUUCGAGUGAAAGAGUGGUUCGAUGGUCUCGUCGAAAUGGGACAAGUGGAGAAACAAUCAUCUCCAACAUCGUUUGUUGGGGUUUGACAAUGGAUGAGAAUGGAUCUCUCUAUGUCAUUGAUCGGGUAGAAGAUGAGGUGAGACGAUAUCGAAGAGGAGAAUCUCAAGGAACAGUGGUUGCAGGUGGCAAUGGAAGUGGAAAUCGUAAGGGGAGAAAAGCGGCUCCUGGAUCCUUGGCUCUUGGUGGAUCUUGA